AUGCUCACCGACUGGUACCCUUCGUUUUUGGGAGCAGCUGAGGCUUCUUUUGAAGACUAUCUCCGUUUGAUAACCGAGGCCGAGAUUAGCGCCACACAAGGUCCGGCUCCGUCUGGUAAGUCUUCAGCAUCCACCUGCGAACAGCUUUUACCCAGUUUCACCCGCCACACCCAACUACCUGUUGCACUUCCGAUUCUGUAUGCUUUCCAUUUUCAGCACAACUGCGAUUGUUUAGUCACAACGAUUCUUAAAUGA